UGUUUCCGUUUUUAGUUUCACUUGUUCAAUGAUUCCCCAUCCCCAAUCCUCUUAAUGCUUUAAUUAUAUUGGGGAAGAGCAAAAUCAUAUCUUGGUAUUGGAGUCCAAAAUUGAGAAAAUGUGGGCAAAAACUUCCGUUGCACCAUAAAAGUUUUUGAUGAAUUUACGUUGUCAUUUUGUUUGACUGAGAAAAAGACAUUGGCAACUGAAGAAACAGAGUUUCAGGUUUUUGUUUGUUCUUAUACACCGGUCUGAAGUAUUCUGCCAAUUGAAGUUUUGGUAACGCAUCCAUGAGUUCGCACCAGCCUAAUUCAGUUGACGACAUUUUCGACUCAUCACUGAACUUAGAGGACACUCAUUACAAGGAAGGUUAUUCUGAAGGCUAUUCUAGCGGCCUAGCUUCGGGUAAAGAUGAAGGCCGUGAGGUGGGGCUGAAAACAGGGUUCGAAGUAGGUGAGGAGUUAGGUUUUUACAGAGGUUGCGUUGAUAUCUGGAAUGCUGCAAUUCAUAUACAACCAAACUGCGUCUCGUCGCGUGUGCAGAAAAGCAUCAAACAGAUGGAUGAAUUGCUUCAAAAGUAUCCUGUUUCUGAACCGGAGAACGAGUCUGUCACUGAUAUUAUGGACUCAUUGAGGUUGAAAUUCAGAGCUAUAUGUGCAACAUUGAAUGUUAAGUUGGAGUAUAAUGGGUACCCCAGAGCUUCUGAUGUCAAGAAUUCAGGAUUCUGAUUGGUUCAAAUAUUAAAUGAAGAAAAAAACAGAUCAUUUUUUGUCUUUUUUCGGAAUUGGUUUGAUUGAAGUAGAAGGUAUGUAAACAUUUUAUAUUCAUGUGCAUCUAAUCAUUUCCUACCCCUUAA